UCAUUGGGCAAACAUGGCGCCCAACGGUGAAUGGAGCGUCCUCCCUGUUGAGGCACGGGCCGCGGUCGAUAGGCGAUUUCCCGUCGUCUAAACGCCGUUUUGUUUUCAACCGAACCCUCGUCGAGCGGAAAGCACGGACGCGAAGACGUCAUGCUUUGAGGGUUCGCACUUGCGGUGUGUGCUUCGUCGCCGCCAAAGAGUCGAGCGAGAGGUCGCAUCGUGCGACGCCCCCGUCUCUGCUGCCGCAGCUUGCUGCCCGAGUCGUGAACCAGCAUGACAGACCUGUUCAAGUCGGCGUUGGGUUACCUCGCCGGCGGUUCGUCUUCUUCGGCGAACGGUCGAGGCGGGGAAGACCACGAAUUCGUCGGCCAAGUGGUUGAGCUCGGGAACCAGAGGUUGCGCGUCAAACGGGUUCUAGCCGAAGGGGGUUUUGGCUUUGUAUUUGCAGCACAAGACUUGUCUUCAAACAGGGAAUACGCACUCAAGCGAAUGUUUGCCGGAGAUGAGGAGGCUAGCAGAUCCAUUCUCCAGGAAGUCAACGUCCUUAAAAAGCUUUCGGGCCACCCGAACGUGAUAGACUUCAUCGCAGCUGCGGCCAUUGAGAAAGGCCAGUCAGGUCACGGCAAGUCGGAAUACCUUCUCCUCACAGAACUCUGCCCAGGUGGUCCCCUGGUAGAUGUCCUUCAACAGCGGACGACAAACCUCAGCCUCGCUCAGGUGCUGCAGAUCUUCUACCAGACGUGUAGCGCUGUCCGUCACAUGCACUCGCAGAGCCCGCCUAUCAUACACCGCGACCUCAAGAUUGAGAACCUCCUGCUGAGUUCCAAGGGCACCAUCAAGCUGUGCGACUUUGGCAGCUCGACGACUAAGUCCUACAAGCCCGACAGCUACUGGACGGCCAUCCAGCGGAGCCUAGUCGAAGAUGAGAUGUGUAAAAACACGACUCCGAUGUACCGGCCGCCAGAAGUGUUGGACACGUACAACAAUUACCCCAUCAACGAAGCCAUGGACAUUUGGGCCCUGGGCUGUGUCCUGUUCCUCCUGUGCUUCCGCGAGCACCCGUUCCCGGACUCGUCCAAGCUCCGCAUCCUCAACGCAAACUACAGCAUUCCCCCUGGGAACACCAACUUUGACAUCCUCCACGAUCUCAUACGGGGCAUGCUUCAGGUGAACCCCACAUCGCGGCCCACGAUCAUCGACGUGGCUGAGCGACUGCAGGAGAUGGGCGAGGCCAAGAACGUGCAGCUGGAGAGCUCGCCAGGGCUGCGCGGAUCGAGCCCGGUGACGAGCGGCGCAUCCCAGGGCGACACUACUGCAGCCCCGCAUAGCGUGGCCAACUCCACUUCCACACCGCCCAGCCGGCCACCGCCGCCGAGCCUCAAUGUCCAUGGGGGCACAGCGCCUUCCGCGGCUGCUCCUCCUCCUCCAUCGGCAGCGGAAGGAGGCUGGGGCAGCGCAGGCCUCUUGACGUCGCUGCGUGGCGGCGCUGGUAGCCUGCUCAAGCGUCUAGGUGACACUUCCACCAAGGUCAUGCACAUGGCCCAACAGACGAUGGGCAAGGCUGACUUGGACUUCAACUACAUCACAAGCAGAAUUGCGGUUAUGUCAUACCCCGCGGAAGGGCUGGAGUCCGCGUACCGCAACCACGUGGAGGACGUGCGGACGUUGCUGGACGCCCGACACCGCGGUCACUACGCCAUCUACAACGUUUCGGGCCGUGCCUAUUCGUCGGCCAAGUUCGACUGCAAGGUCACCGAGCGGGGUUGGCUGGCACGCAAGGCCCCGCCCCUGCACACCCUGUUCAACCUGUGCCGCUCCAUGCUGGCCUACCUGAACCAGGACGCCCGUAAUGUGUGCGUCGUCCACUGCCUCGACGGCAAGUGUUCGUCGGCGGUGUUGGUGUCGGCGUUCCUGGUGUUCUGCCACCUGUUUGACAGCCCCGAAGAGGCCCUGCAGAUGUUUGCCGUUCGCCGGUGUCCCGUCACCCUCUGCCCUUCCCAGAUAAGGUAUAUCCAGUACAUGUCGCAGAUGGUCUCCCAGAACCACCAAGUGUUGCCACACCGGUUCCCGCUGCAGAUUGUGGCUCUCACACUGAAGCCCGUGCCUCUGUUCACAAAGCUCAGACCAGCACCUUUUGUCUUACAGGUGUCACCCAUAAAGAUCUGCCAGGUUCAACUGUACUCUGGAUUUGUGGCGCCCGGCACGUCACAGUUAUCAUUUUGCAGGCAUGAGCUUGAUGGUAUCGAGGAGUUGGACCGGUACCCGGAGGGCUUCCAGCUAACGCUCGAAGUCCAAGUCGGUGGCUCUCCCAGUCCACGGCUCACUAACGGUCUGUGGGCCGACCUCGAGCACCUGGAGACGAGCGCCGCCAUCCUGUUCAGCACCGACGAAGAGCUCGAGGCCUGCAUUGGCCACUUCUCUAGGAACGCUCCUGCUAGGCCACCUCCGCCUGCGACGCCCAGCUUACCAAGCAGGGACACUUCGCCGCAGCACUCAGAAAGCGACAUUCCAAGUGCCACCACAUCUGCAGAGACCCUGCUGGGCCCGAUGCACAAGCUUUCAGCAUCGGACAGUGGGAACGCAGCGGCGGUGAACAGCAGUCCGCCGGCGCCUCCGCCACGGUCCAAGGCCAAGGAAGUGGACCUGCUCAACCUGGGGAGCUUCUCCAUCGACGAAGGUAGCGGCAAAGAGGCUCAGGCGUCCUCGGACCGCAUGGUGGACGACCUCCUGGGCACUUCUUUGUCCAGCCAGCAGACGUCCAACUUUGACCUGCUUGUCAAUCACAGGUCAGCGCAACCACCGUUGAUCGGCGACCUCUCGUCGCCCGGCACCCCGGCCUUCGACCCGUUUGCCACCAGUUCCACGGCGGGGGCAGCACCUGCAUCGGGUGUGCCCACAGUCAACCUGUUGGAUGCCAAAUCUCCGACAGCCACCAAAGGUGGGGCCGACCUCUUCGACCCGUUUGGCACGGCCACCCCGGCUUCUGCUGCUCCCGGCUGGGCCAGCACCAGCGUCAGCGCGGGGAACACACCACAGCACAAGCAGGGUGGCAUCCCAAACAGCGUGUCAGCCUUCAACAUGGCUGCCGCUUCGACAGCGACAACUCAGAGUGGCGGAGGAGCCGCCAAACUCGACACCAUGCCGGGGACGUGGGACACCCUGUUCCCAGGCAGCACGUGGGUGCCGCUCGUCCCCUCGACGGGCGGCAGCGGAGCGGGGAUGCCAGCAUCUGGGCUGACGCGGAAUGCAUCCACACCGAAUCUCGAGGCGCUCGGGCGCAAGGCCGACCCGUUUGCGGACCUAGGUUUGUGUUAUGCACCUCAUUUACUUUGA